AGAGGCUGAUUUUGUAAAUUCUACUAGGUCUUCAACGACUUGCUCAUCAGAAAUUCCACAAGAUGAUCUCAUAAGGCAAGCAUACAUUUCUUCACGGAGCGCACACACUGACUUGGCUCUCUCACCUAAGUUCACAAGAAAUUGUAGCUGCAAGCAAACGUUGCAUCGAGACAAGAACCUGAUUGGAAAAGAAAGACUGGGCAAGUCACAAGGUCAAGUCUCACCGAGUGGCGGCCAUGGUAAGAGCUCCUUGCUGUGACAAGGCUAACGUGAAGAGAGGGCCUUGGUCACCUGAAGAAGAUGCCACUCUCGUGAACUACAUAAACAAGCACGGAACCGGUGGCAAUUGGAUCGCUCUUCCUCGCAAAGCCGGGCUUAAGCGCUGCGGCAAGAGUUGCAGGCUAAGGUGGCUGAAUUACCUGAGGCCAGACAUAAAGCAUGGAGGUUUCACUGAGGAGGAGGAUCACGUCAUCUGCACUCUUUUCUUUACCAUAGGAAGCAGGUGGUCGGUAAUUGCUUCCAAAUUGCCAGGAAGGACAGAUAAUGAUGUGAAGAACUACUGGAACACCAAGCUGAAGAAGAAGCUAAUGAAGCAACUGGCUUCUCUGAAAACAGUGCCUGAAAGUAACUUUGACUAUCAGGUCUGCGCACAGAACUCGGCCUCAAUCGAUCCUGAGACCAAGAAUCGGGAAUAUGCUGCUAAUUCAAUGGGAUUCCCCAAGCAGAACUUCAAUCCAGGAAUACCCACUUCGAACUCGAGUCUUCUCUGUCCUCCAAGUCUCACUGAAGUUUCGGAUUUUAGCCAUGUACCAUCGUCCACGCCAGAAGUUUCAAGUCAUUCUGAUUCGUGUUCUGUGGUGAUGAAGAGCGAAUAUUCAGGGUCUGCAAACGGCAGUUCCGAACAGGACCAAGUCCUGUUGGACUUUGAUUUUGAUAGUAUGCUCAAUGACUUUGGCUUCCAAGAUCAGAGCAGCUAAGCACAGUUCAUAUUUCCCAAAUGUCACCUUCACUCGUCAAGUCAUCAACAUAAGGAAAAAAGCAAAAAAAGAGGAACCUUUUAAGAUUUUUCAGUCGGUGAUAGGAAAUUUUAGUGUCCCAAUUCUCUCGAAGCGGUCUGAAGGGUGAUUUAUUCGAAGUUAGAUGUGAGAUUUCACUGUUCUUUGUCAUGAUAUAUAUUUUGCUGUGGCCUACUCCUCAGAAUCUCCAAGGUAUAUUCUCAGUUUACGUCUUAGGAUGAAUCAACGUACUUGAAUACAAAAUGCAAUGAGCAAAGUUUGCAUUUACAUCAGCUGACUCACUCAAAACUGGAAAAUCAAUUCUUUAGUUUGUUACUGAUGUAAUCGACAGAGCCUGUCGCAAAAAUUUAUGUAGGAUCCUGUCUUCUGCAAGGAUGAUAUAAUACACAUGCUAAGAUCAAACAAA